GUUAUGAAAGAUGUAUUAAACUAGUUAUGAUGUACGAUGUGAAUACAAAUAAUUCAAAAACGGUGACAAUUGAGAAUUUAAUUACAUCAGAUACGAAGGCUCUGUCGGGAUCAUCAACACCUGCAUCCUCGUCCGCCCGAACGCUCAAGGCGAAGUCAGCAAAACCGCAUGGAAAAUUAGCACCAAAAAGUUCACAGAUUCACAGUUUAAAUCAAGCUAAAACAAAAAAACCGAGCGACAUGUCACGAUCGAAAACCCGUAUAUCUCACGCUUUAUGUGAUUUACCUAUAGAUCGUCAAAUAUAUGACCUUAUUCACUCGUCAGGAGAAGUAGGAAUCACCGCUAAAGAGCUUAGGGAUCGCCUAGGUAGUCUCAAUGUUAGAUUUUUAAAUAAAAUUCUGGUGAAUCUCGUAAAGCCACAGCCGGACGAUUUAAUACAUUUUACGGUGAAAAGAGUUGGAGAAUUUCAAGGAAGAACAAGGCAAUAUAGGUAUUUUACUCCGGACGGAUUUGUAAAGUACCAGAUUGCACAAGGAUUCGAUCCAGAAGAAAGCGAAGAGCUCGUUGGAUCUAACAUGGAUAAAACGACAAUGUUUGAUCCUUUAAUUAACCGGUUCAAAGUAGUCAACGUUAAGCGCAAUAAACCCAAGUACAACCGCAAACGAAAGACGAGCAGCAAACUUUCCGGAAAUGACACUAAUAGUGCAUCAGAGAGAUCGCAUAAGAAAAUAAAAAUUCAGGAUACUGAUUAUCUUAUUGAAAUUGGACCGCCGACAAAAUUACAAUCCGUAAAUACUUCAACAAACAUUACUUCGGCGUAUAAACGGCUCGGCAAAAUACCGAAGAUCAGAUGUUUGAACAGCACCGAAGAGUUAACAGAAACGAAUAAUAAUGAUUCUGCAACUUCAACCAACGAGUGUAUUAUUGUUGAGGAUGAGGAGGUUUCUGAAUUUAGGGCCAGUACUUCUCGGGCUCAAGUCGUCUCCGUAGAACAGCGUUCCUCUGCCAAGAAAUCUGCUACCAAAUCUUCAUCCAGAGAUACUGGUUCUCGCAAACAAGUUGCAAGCAAUACAUUUACUUCUCGUCGGCGCCAUAAAAUUAUUAGUGAUCUCCUCGAAGAACACAAAAUACUUGAAUGUAAUUAUGUCUUAAUUCGCCGUUAUCAGGAAGCGGAAGCGAGUUAUGGCAGUUCAACUCCCUAUCCCCACAUUGUCUGUAAGAAAACACUCAUGCGUGCUGGAGAAUACAUGGAAAUGAAGGGAUUACUAAAGCAGUACACUGUUGCAUUACCGCUUCUAAACGGUGGGAUUACUCAUAAACUAUUAUUCCUUCAUCCAACGUUAACACCAAACAGCAAAGAAGUAAAAGACUAUAUUGCAAAAAUGCAAGAUAAAGCUAUCCUUGCCGGUGGAACUUACAAGUCAACUCCGGUGGAUGAAGUAGACGUAGAGGUAGAGAGUUUAGAUGAAAUGCAGAGACGCAUCGGUGUUAACAGUGAGCGAGGGGACGUUUCUCCUCGUUUACGAUACGAUACGAUGAUGUUCGCUGAUAGUAUGGAUGUCGAUAAUGCAGAAACUCUACCAUCAGAUGCAGGAGAGAAUGUCCAAAGCACUUCACAAGUAGACCCUGGAGGCGAUCUCUGGUGGUUGAAUAUAGCUCGGGAUUACGGGUGGAUUAAUGCGAAGAUGCUUCGUGCUAAAUUAUUACAUCAGUUUUUGAUAGAAACGAUUAAUAAUGCCUCGCCAGAUGAUAAUCGUGUUUCUAAAGAAGUUAGUGUGUUUGAAACAGCUAUUCUACUUCGAGAGAUGCCGUUGGGGUUGUAUCUACGCAUUAUUGGGCAAACAAAUCCCAGUAAGGAGCUUACCGACUAUAUUAACUCUGGUGGAGAUCUUUCCGUGCGGUUGAUUGAUGUGGCGCCCGAAAUUCGUGCUACCAUUUUUCAUCGAAACUACAAAUACAGGUUCGCUUUGAAGAAUUUGUUGGAUAUAUUAGCAGCAUUGCAACUUAUAAGUCCAAUAUCAAAGUUGCUUGAUGAUGAGGGAAGGCCUUUGUUUGGCCCCUUGACUAGAAUGUGGUUGGAAGGUGCAGAUGAAACCAGGGCUCCGGCGUUGUUUGAAACAUCCGAUUCCGAUGUACUUAUGCCGGCAUAUAAAGUUAUGCAUACUGUGCCAAUGUAUGAUUAUACUGUACCUGGACCUAGUCGCCCUUACAUAAAAGAUUACCAGAUAGUGACUCCGGAGGAUCUGCAAAUAUACUGGAGCGAAUUACAGUAUAUUGCACUACAGCGUGAAACGGAAUCUAAUGUUGCUGAUGUGGAUAGAUCUCAAGACGUUUCUCAAGACGUUUCUCAAGACGUCUCUCGAGACAAAAUUAACAGUAAAAAGUCGAGCAAAAAUAAAGAUCCUUUGAGCUUUAUAACCUUCCCUCGUAAUUGGCAGGGUUCGUAUGCUUUAAGCAUCCGACAAAAAAAAUUGCUCGAGUCUUAUGUAGACCGUACAGCGGGUAAGACACCUUACAAUGAUGACAUGCUUUGUCAAAAGAUAAGCAAAGAAUGUACAAUUCCUGUGUCUCGCGUGAAAGCUUACUAUAAACGAAUUGAAGAAGCUUACUAUCAAAAAACUCAAACAAAACAACCAAAUCGCGCAAGUAUCAAACGCGCUCCAAAACCACGUAGAUCGCGACGGGAAGGUCUUCUCAAACAACGGUCCAUUUCUGGUGUGGUUGCUUCCGCACAGGGUGAGCCCUCAUUUCGCAGACGUCGUCGUACGACAAACGUUCAUCGACUGGUCAGGAAAGUCCAACGAACUCGUAAUAAUACUUCCAAGAAUACGAGUCAAACUGAGACGAAUGAUGAACUACAAAUUGAAGCGGCUAUUGUUGACGGUGAGAUUGUACCAGUGAUUAACGAUGAGACACGUUUUGAGACGCAGUAUGAGCAACUAGCACAGCGUACACGACCGAAUUGGACGGUAGAAGAGGAUGAGUUAUUAAUCCAUGCUUACGCUAUUAUGAAAGUUCGUGCGGCAAAGGCAAGGUUUCUGUGGGCCGUUAUUAAUAAAGUGAUACCGAAUAGGACCAAAGAAAUGUGCCGGAGAAGAAUAGCUGUUCUAAGUAAGAGAGUUACUAUGAGAGAUAGAAUUAACAGUUUGACUAUCCAAUGGGAGAGAAUAUACAAAAAUGCUAUUGAGAAGGAGGAUAUUAUUGAUGAGAAUGUGAACGAUUUGUUGAAUUAUGAUCUUCUUGGUCAAGUUGAAUAUUUCAUGAAAAUUAUGGAAAAUCAACCGAGUAUCUUGACGCCGGUACCGUCCGUAUAUCUUCCAGCAGACGUCUCCAUUCUAAAUGAGCAAUUUGUUGUCAAAGAUUUCUCGUCCAACCGUAGAAUAGAUUAUUAUUUUGAAGACCAGCUUCCAGGGAAAUCUCUCAGACAAAAACAAGAAAUUCUUCUCUCUAGUCAGUUUUCUUGUCAACUUCCGAACGAUGAGCUUGUCGAUUUUCCCUUGAAAUGUGAAAAUAUUACGAUGGAUACAGGAAAAAUGACGACAGAUAUGGUCGAAGCAUUGUUAAAGAUGAUCCUUCUAACACCCGACGAUCAAUAUGAUACCACCCAUGCAUUCUCUAUACUUAAUUCUUAUCCCAUUGAAUAUGUUGACAAAGCAUUGGAAGAAGCUAAAGCGAGUGGAGCUAUUGUCAAAGUCAAAAGUGGAUUCGAUCGUAGAGUUCCCGGUCGUGGCUAUCAUGUGUCUGAGAAAUUUCUUAAAGUUAUAAAUGGUAACUUGCCAGAACGAUUCUUUACGCACGCAGCAAAUUACCAUAAGCAGCUUGUGCAGAGAGUCAUGUUUUCGCCUUUUGCCAACAGUGGAACCAUGGCAUGUCUGUUGGAUAUGCUUGCAAAUGACAAGAUUACUCUGACAGGACUGCUGCCAUCGCAUUUGUUUACGAAUUUAAUACCGAACUACAGAACGCGCCAAAUUGAUGAAAGCAAGCUCCACUUUGACAUUGUUAUCUCUCCAAAGAAUUUUGAUGCCACUAUAAAGACAUCGAUGGUAUCACAACACGAAUUUCUAUCAGAACCAAAUAACCAUCAACUUCCAACCAUAGAACAACCAAAGAUAGUAAUGCUCGAUGAAGACACGUCUAUGGAUACUAUCGAUUUAGAAAUUGAGAAUAGACAGAAUUCACAGGAGCAGAAUGUGUUAGAAAAGCAAGACCGACAGAAAGAGAAGGGGAAAAAACAAUCAUGUCAUUUCAAAUUUCCAAAAUCUAAAAAGGAAGCUGUGUCAGAAACCAAGAAAUUGAUGAUGACUCUAGAUAAAGAGACGAGAGGUAGUGUUUUUACCGUUUUCAAGGCAGUUGCUCGGUUUGGUAAACUUGGAGUGACGAUUAAUUCGUUAAAGGCAAGUAUUUAUCUACAAGAGAGUUCCGAGCAAGUUCCGGACGCCCACAUCGGUCAAGCUCUCAAUCUCCUAGGGAAUCAUACUCCAAUAUUAACUAUGCGUGUUGGUCAUAAAGUUAACAGAUACGUUUGCGGUGUAUACGCAGAACGGUGGCUAGUUGAUGUUUCUAACAGACAAAGUUAUAACUCUGCUCGGUACGCGCCCAGGACAGUAAAUGCAGCAGUUGAUGCAGGAAUAACAUCUGGUCAGGGUCAAACGCCGAGAGAGAGGACUGAACCGGAAAAGAAAUUUGCAUUACCUAGAAUGUGGUAUAAUAUCAAUGGCGAAUUCAUUGAAUCCGUUCAUCGUGGAUGUUUAGAGGUGGUCCUUGGGACUAUUCUGAAGAAGCCAGGAAUUUAUGAGUCUAACAUCUAUAGAAAGCUACGAUUGGUCAUGACACAUGCUGAGAUCCAGGAUAUCUUGGAGGAUCUCGUGGAGAGAGGAUGUGUAACAAGGCGGUGUUUCUUGAAACCACAAAAGGCAACGUUAUUUUCGGCACCGAGGACGUUUGAGGAUUGCGACAGAUCGGUCCUCCGGUCACCCAUGCCAAGACACAUAAUCUCACUUCAUUCUAUAGAGACAGAUACUCCUACUAUAUCUCAUAAACGUAGUCCAAUAAAACCCGGCAAGUUUAUACGGCCGACGCCUAUAGUGCCUGCACUCGGCAUACCAACGACGCGCAAGCCAUAUAAUGUCACUAGCUCGUCGUCAGAUUAUGACAGAUUAAAACAGCAUACAAUCCUGGAGAAAUUUUCCCCAUCAGAAGCGCAUUUACUAGAGUCAAGUAACGAUAUUGGUCUUGGACCUUGUGAGAAAGAGGUUGCCGAUACUAUACCAGUGUGCCGACAAAGUUUCGAGGUAAGCUCGCUUCCUGGUCCUUUGAUAGAAGACGACUAUCGACCGGAAAAAGGAAUAUACAUGAAUCGUUGGCAUUUGAGAUGCAUUUCUGCAUGUGGAUUGAACCUUCCAGGUGAUCUUGGUGUUUGGGUAGUGUUGAAAGGAAUACGGAAAUACAAGGGACAAUGGAAGGACUGGCAUUCAUCGGCAAUUGUCGAUAGAGUUGACUCACGAACAGUGCAGACAUUAAGUGGACAAAUGUACUACCUGGCUGGUGACGUCAUUGCUGAUUCAAUGAUAAAAGAUGGUGAACGCAGUCAAGAUGACGGUGCGGGUGAUCUGUCUACCAAAUCACCGCCCCGUAAGAUUUCUAAUACAAGCAAGGAUUUCUUUAGUAAGCCCGAGCCGAUUCCGCCAUCACCGAAGGCGCUAGUGGAUUCUAGCGAAAUUAUCGAAGAUGGGAAUACAUAUUCUCAGGAGUUUCCACUGAAUGCCGACGUGAUUCUACCAAAAGAUGUAAUUAGUGUCACGCGCGCAGGACGUCGAAUAAAAAAACCUGGUGCUUGGUGGGCCAAACACUAA